AUGUCUGAGAUGACUCCCGCCGCUUGGGCCUACCUCAUGGCCGCCUUCAACGGGGUCUUUGCAAUUUUGGCGUUGAGUUUGGCCGUUGGAGUCUAUUUCUUCGUGAAAAAUACGGUACGAUUUCGACUUUUUGACUAUUCUUGCUAUGUUUUGGGUUUUCUAUUCCAAUUUUUGCGAUAUUUUUAAUUUUUCAGGUCGCCAAUGAGAUGUCCAAGAUGAGCAACAUCCUUCCCGGUGCCAUGGAGUCGUUGACUUAUGCGGAAAUCCCCAUUCAAGUGGUCGCUCUGAUUUGUGGAUAUAUGAACAUUUCGCUGGACGAGAUGGCCAAGGAAUACAAGAAGGACGCGGCGAAUCGUCGGACCAUCGUGGUUCAAACGUUCCGCAAGGAUCCAGUCACCACCGCCUUCAUUGAAUCUUUCCAGUCCAAGUUUGUUCAAUACGGAUACGUUGGAGAGGAUCUGAUCACUGGUAAAAAAGAAUGAUAAAUUAUCUGUGAUUCUAGUCGUAUUUGGAUGUAAAAUAAAAUUUCUUUGACAUGUGUAUUGCGAAAGGUAUUCAAGGGAAGCUGUCGUGAUUUUCUUUUACUAUGUUAUAUCAGUCUGUCGAGAAAAUAGUAUGCCCUACACUCCAUUUCAAAAUGAUAGACACGCCUAUAAAAUCUGCAAUUGCGGCGUCGACGUGCAGUUGACGGAUACGAAACCUUUACAGCUUGAAAGAGGAGGCUUGAAAACCUACACCAAAAAAAUAUUUUUAUAUUGCACUGUAAUUGCACCUUACACAAAAGAUUUUCCAAAUUUUGGGUGUUUCAAAAUGCUAGACACGGCUGCAAUUUUUGCUAAAAACUUGCGGCGUUUGGGAGAAGUUCUUUACCGGCCUGUAACUAUUGUUUGUUACAAGACGCCACAGACUUUUUCGCGGGGCCUCCGCUGUUACCCGUAAAUAAACGUGCGUAGUGGGCGUUUUUGUCCCCACCCCGGUUUUGUCCCCAAGACGGUUUUGUCCCCAGGACGUUUUUGUCCCCACUUUUUUCGAGCCUUUUUGUCCCCAGACCGGUUUUGUCCCCAGGACGUUUUUGUCCCCACUUUUUUCGAGCCUUUUUGUCCCCAGACCGGUUUUGUCCCCAGGACGUUUUUGUCCCCACUUUUUUCGAGCCUUUUUGUCCCCAGACCGGUUUUGUCCCCAGGACGGUUUUGUCCCCAAGACGUUUUCGUCCCCACUUUUUUAUUUUUUUGUCCCCACACCGGUUUUGUCCCCAGGACGUUUUUGUCCCCAAGCUGGAUAGUACGAUUAAAAAUUAUGCAUUCAGAUGUUAAUGCUGUUGGUUUGGUGCACAGUACUGCUCAAACAACUUGUUCUUAGCGCUUGGUACUGCAUAGUACGAGGUGGUACUAUAUAGCACGAGGUAAAAAUUAAGCCAUAACACGUCAAUGCUAUGGGUUUGAAGCCCAGUACUUCUCAAAAAUGUGUUUUAGCACAUGGUACUAUAUAGCACGAAUUUGUUUUUGCACAAAAUGAACGUCUGAUCAGUACUGCAUACCAAAACAAAGUCAUUCACGCGUUAUAGCUUAAUUUUUACCUCGUGCUAUAUAGUACCACCUUGUACUAUACAGUACCAAGUGCUAAGAACAUGUUGUUUGAGCAGUACUGUGCACGAAACCAACAGCAUUAACAUCUGAAUGCAUAAUUUUUAAUCGUACUAUCCAGCUUGGGGACAAAAACGUCCUGGGGACAAAACCGGUGAGGGGACAAAAAAAUAAAAAAAGUGGGGACAAAAACGUCUUGGGGACAAAACCGGUCUGGGGACAAAAAGGCUCGAAAAAAGUGGGGACAAAAACGUCCUGGGGACAAAACCGUCUUGGGGACAAAACCGGGGUGGGGACAAAACCGGGCCCAAUCAUAAACGUGACAUUUAUACGGUAUUCUUUACGACAAGCACCAAACACAUUACUGAAUACCUCGUUGGCCAAAUGGCAAAGAGUAAUGAUAUCGGCUAGAAAACCGUCGCAAUACGAAAGAAAAAGUUCAGAUUCCGAUAUAAAACCAUGAAUAGUUUUGUGAUCCGCCGCAAAAUGCGGAUUAUUUUACUUGUUUGCAUUCUCGGAUUGUGUGUCGUAUGCAAAACGGUUCCGCACAAAAUUAAGAUUCUCCAAAAAGGUAGUAAACCAAAGGUGUAUUACGUUAUGAUGUCUAGGGAAGCAAAGGGAUGUCGGCGUCUCCAGGAACCCGACACCACAAGGACUUGCGGAAUUUGCAAGGAUUCUAAAUUCUACGAUGAAUCUGAGCUUGUCGCCAUGCAACGACUUUUAUAACUACGUGUGCGGGAAGGAGAAUUACACAACCAUGUCCGAAAUUGUAAAGGAACGCUUUAGGAAAUUGAAAAUCGGGCUGGAAAAAACAGCGGUAAGAUGGCAUAUCAUUACUUUGUAGCUUUUAAUUACAGUGACCGACCCGAUCCGGUGACAAAAAUGUACCAUUUUUGGAUCCGGGAAGUAUCGAAACAUGGAAAAAUGCUUCCCUCUUCGAGUAAAAAGAACUCCGUUUUGAAGGACGCGCCCUUUCCCUCACAAAAAGAGCGGACGCGCUUUUGAAAUCGGAGUUUUUUUCACAUGGAGAGGGAGGUAUUUUGCCACAUUUUUGAUACUUCCUCGAUACAAAAUAGUACGGUUUUUUUAAAACUGGAUCAGGUCCCACACUGUAAUUUAUUUUCAGACAAAUCCGGUCCUAAGCAAACUCAAUGGCUUGAUUGACAAAUGCGUUAACAAAUCGCAAGAUACAGAUGAUUACAAUGGUGUCAAUUUUCUGCAAACACAUUGUAAAAAACUGGCCGACAUCCUGGGCGCAGAGUUCCCAAUCAUUCACAACAGGCCAGUAGAAAAGCCCACGAAGCAACAGCUCACCGCGGCCAUGUACUUCUUUUCGACCAUUGACAAGAAAUCGUUGAUAACCGCCGAAGUCGACUAUUCCAAUGGCAAAGAAACCGAUCCCCCAAAGACAAUUGCCUUUAGAGCCCCGUCCAUUGUCGAUCCGAUCGUAAGUUCCCACAAAGGCAGCAAAAAAUAGUCAUCUUAAGUUUUAUUACUAUUAUCGCACAUGGAACGAAGAACAAGUGAAAUCCCUUUUUUUCGCAUUAAUGCAAGCAUUUGUGCGUGUAAAACAAAUAGCAAGGACAGAAGAGGACGUCCAAAAAGAUAUUAAAGACAUUACAAAUUAUGAGAAGUAUAUUGUCGAUCAUUUUAUGCCUGAUCCACAACUGGCUCAUUCCAACGAUCUGUACGUUUUGAUUGUUUACAGACACCAUCGCUUACAGUGGGGGACCUGAUCCAUUGGUAAAAAACGUACCAUUUUGCUACUCGGAAGCAUCAAAAAAUGUGGCAAAAUGCUUCCCUCUCCAAGUGAAAAGCUCCGUUUCCCCAACAAAAAGAGCGGGCGCGCUUUUGAAAUUGGAGUUUUUUUUCGCUUGGAGAGGGAGGUAUUUGCUACUUUUUUUGAUACCGCCCGGAUGCAAAACGUCACGCUUUUUGCUACCAGAUCAGAUCCGUCGCUGUAAUGAUCUAAAUGUAAAAACAAUAGGGCCAUUCUUCAGCCGAGCACAGCUGAUGACUGCGCAGGAAGCAAACAAUCAAGUUGGGCUAAUUGAUUUCCCGGAAUUCCUGAAGGCCUUUGUGAAAGACGAAGCUGAUGAGAUCAAAACGCACGUGCUAUCAGCCGACUUCAAAAUUCGAGUGGAUGCGGUUGAAUCAACUGCGGCGCUGAGCAAGUUUUUGGAAAGCGAUGCCAUUGACGGCCGCACGAUUAUCAACCACUUAUAUUUCUACCUGCUACGCCACUAUCUGGAGCGGUUUACGUCGACUCAACGCCUAGGUGAUGCACCAAACGAGACGUCAGCAUUCGACACUGUCGAUGAUUUUGUCAGUUCCCCGUCUCAGAGCAGCGACAAUAUUGAAGAAAGAGCAAACUGCGUAAUGAGGAUUAUAAGCACAUCGAAAGCCCAUUACUUAACGCCGCUCGUUGAACGUGCCUAUUUGGAAGGAGCGCUGCCGACUGCCGAGGAAAGGAAUCGCAAGGUUCAAUAUGUUGCCGAGAUCGUGGAAAAUUUAUUCAAAGCAUUCCGAGUGAGUGCACUUAUGGCAAAAAAAUGAGCUGUACAGUGGACCUUAUCCAAUCGCAAAAACGUACCAUUUUGCAUCCGGGAAGUAUCAAAAAUGUGGCAAAAUGCUUCCCUCUCCGAAUGAAAAAACUCCGAUUUUAAAAACGCGAUCUUCUUGUGAGAGAAAGGGCGCGCCCUCCAAAACCGUUGCGGCACAACUCUCCACCUUUUUCUGAACUCUCCACCUUGAACGAACCCUCCUUUUUUUGAACACCGCCCCCCCCCCACAAUUUUGAAAAUUGAAAAAAAUGCGGUGUGAAAUGUCAUACGAUUAAAAUUUUUUUCAAAUUGAAAAAACAUUUACACCUUAUUCUUUUCAAUUUGAAAAAAAAUUUCCACCGUAUAAGAUGUCACACCUAGUUUUUUCGAAUUUCAAAAUGGGGGAGUGUUCAAAAAAAGGGGAAAGUUAUGACUUUUUCGGGGAGAGUUGAAAAAGGGGGAGAGUUCAGGCUCAACCCUCCAAAACGAAGCUUUUUCACUUGUAAAGGGAGGCAUUUUGCCACAUUUUUGAAUGCAAAAAGCUACGUUUUUUGCCACUGGAUCAGGUCCUCACUGUGUUGUAUUCUAGACUCAAUUAGAGGAAGUCGACUGGACGAUAAAUUCGAAGAAUCUCGCAUACGAAAAGUUGGCAAACAUGCGGUCGACUCUCGUGUAUGCCGAAAACAUUUUUAACGACACCUAUCUGAGUGAAAAGUUCGCAUCCUACCAACUAGACCCGACGCUGACCUACGCCGAGGAGGAGGACCGCUUAGCGCUCCUGAUCUUCAAACAGAACAAACGCGAACUUCUGAAGCCCAAAACCCGCGAUACAAUGGCUUAUCCAACAUACGUCGUUAACGCCGCUAAUCUAUUCAAUGAAAACAAAAUCGAAAUUUUGAACGCCUUCUUGGACGUCCCUCUUUUUGACAUGGACUUUCCAGCUUCGGCUGUUUAUGGAGGGGUCGGCAGCUCCGUAGGUCAUGAAAUAAUCCAUGGAUUUGACAGCGAUGGCAUCCAUUACGAUAAGAACGGAGAUGCGAACGAAUGGAUGGACGAAGAAACGAGACAAAAGUUUGGUAUCAUGGCAAGGUGUGUAGUCGACCAGUUCAACAAGUUCAUUACGUCUCACAACACUUCAAACAACGGCGAAGCGACGCAGGGAGAGAACAUCGCAGAUUCCGGAGGAAAAAACUCUUCCUACAGUGGCGGACCUGAUCCAGUGACAAAAAACGUACCAUUUGGUAUCCGGGAUGUAUCAAAAAUGUGGCAAAAUGCUUCCCUCUCCACGUGAUAAAGAAACUCCUAUUUCAAAAGUGCGCCUGCUCUUUUUUGUGAGGGAAAGGGAGCGCCCUUCAAAACGAAGUUUUUUUUAGUUGGAGAGAGAGGUAUUUUGCCACAUUUUUGAUACUUCCCGGAUGCAAAAUGAUACGUUUUUUGCCACUGGAUCAGGUCCCUUACUGUAACAAAUUUACGGCGAACGCUUUCAGGGAUCUUAGCAUCUUACCGCACCUACAAAGCGUACGCAGCGGCAGCGGAGCUGAAUCCGCCCCUCCCCUUCGCUGAAUUGCAGUCACUGACCAACGACCAAAUAUUCUUCAUUUCUUACGCACGAUUUUUCUGUCAGAAGCCUCCUUUGGACAUUCCGAACUUAAGCAUAGACAUGCACGCAGAAGGCAAGCUGCGUGUUCUUGGCACCUUGCAAAACACGCCCGAGUUCAAGGAGGCUUUUAAAUGCAAUGUCGGGGAUUUAUACGCGCCCAAAGAACAUUGUAAUGUCUAUCGAAAAGCUCCAACCGACAAGCCUUGCUAA